GCGUCCAGCGCCCGGCUCUCUCAGACAAGUGCAUCUCCUAACCAGGUCACAUUUCAGCCGCGACCCACUCCCCGCCCGUCGCCGGAGUCGGACGACGGAGGAGAGGAGGGCGGCAGUGCCUGCCUCGCCGGCGGCCGGGUGGAAGGAAGGCCGUUGAAAUACCGCACGAGUCGAGGCCCCCCGGGCCAACCCAGACCGCGAUGCGCGCCCCGGGCUGCGGGCGGCUGGCGCUGGCGCUGCUGCUGCUCGCAGCGGCCGCCCUGGCCGAAGGCGACGCCAAAGGGCUCAAGGAAGGCGAGACCCCCGGCAAUUUCAUGGAGGACGAGCAAUGGCUGUCGUCCAUCUCGCAGUACAGCGGCAAGAUCAAGCACUGGAACCGCUUCCGAGACGAGGUGGAGGACGACUACAUCAAGAGCUGGGAGGACAGUCAGCAAGGAGAUGAAGCCCUGGACACCACCAAAGACCCCUGCCAGAAGGUGAAGUGCAGCCGCCACAAGGUGUGCAUCGCCCAGGGCUACCAGCGGGCCAUGUGCAUCAGCCGCAAGAAGCUGGCGCACAGGAUCAAGCAGCCCCCCCUGAAGCUCCAUGGAAACAAAGACGCCCUCUGCAAGCCCUGCCACAUGGCCCAGCUGGCCUCUGUGUGCGGCUCUGAUGGCCACACCUACAGCUCCGUGUGUAAGCUGGAGCAGCAGGCAUGCCUGAGCAGUAAGCAGCUGACAGUGAGAUGCGAGGGCCCCUGUCCGUGCCCUACGGAGCAAGCCACCACCUCCACCACGGAUGGCAAGCCAGAGACCUGCACGGGCCAAGACCUGGCUGACCUGGGAGACCGGCUACGGGACUGGUUCCAGCUCCUACACGAGAACUCCAAGCAGAACGGCUCGGCCAGCAGCUCUGCAGGCCCCGUGGCUGGGCUGGACAAGAGCCUGGGCGCCAGCUGCAAGGACUCUAUCGGCUGGAUGUUCUCCAAGCUGGACACCAGCGCCGACCUCUUCCUGGACCAGUCGGAGCUGGCCGCCAUCAACCUGGACAAGUACGAGGUCUGCAUCCGCCCCUUCUUCAACUCCUGCGACACCUACAAGGAUGGCCGCGUCUCCACCGCCGAGUGGUGCUUCUGCUUCUGGAGGGAGAAGCCCCCCUGCCUGGCGGAGCUGGAGCGCAUCCAGAUCCAGGAGGCUGCCAAGAGGAAGCCAGGCAUCUUCAUCCCGAGCUGCGACGAGGACGGCUACUACCGGAAAAUGCAGUGCGACCAGAGCAGCGGGGACUGCUGGUGCGUGGACCAGCUGGGCCUGGAGCUGACCGGCACCCGCACGCACGGGAGCCCCGACUGCGACGACCUCGUGGGUUUCUCAGGGGACUUUGGGAGCGGCGUUGGCUGGGAGGAUGAGGAGGAGAAGGAGACGGAGGAAGCCGGCGAGGAGGAGGAGGGCGAGGAGGGCGAGGCGGGCGAGGCGGAUGACGGAGGCUACAUCUGGUAGAUGGCCCUCAGGCGCCGGGGGAGACGGGCCAGCAGAGCCUGGACAGAAGCAGGCGGCUUAGUGGAUGGAUCCGGAGAGGACGGUCGGCAGGACCCUGGCUCCAACGGGGAGGACCGGAAGUGCGGGUGCAUGGCGCGUGUGUGGCCCGCACGGCUAGGGUGUGUGUGUGAGUGCGUGUGUGUGUGGCAUGCGCUGACAACCGUGUCCUUGAUCCACACUGCUCCUGGCAGUCACCCAGAGCCCCUUCAGCCAUCUUGUAGUUGUUUUAUUUGCAUCUGUUGUUGGGUUUUAAAUACACAUUCACACGCCUGCACACCCUGACAGGAUGAAUGGGAUGUCCCCAGCCACUCCCCAGCCCCGCCCUGAUUCCCCUGGCUCUCCACCCUGGCUCCACCCCCCCCACUCCCUUCCCUCCCCCUUCUGGCCUGUGUGCUGUCCCCACUGCAGAGGGCAGGGCCGGCAGGGAGCUGUCUGCUGACCAGAGUCCUCCCACAGAGCUGAGCUGCUUUGGGGUGAGGGGUGGAGGGAUGGGCCAAGACAGCCCCGGCAAGCCCUGUGGCUGGCUUCUCCAUUUCCUGAGCUGGAGGGAGGCUCUGCCACCUAUGCCCAAGGGGCUGAGGCCGUGAUGUGAUAGGGCUGUUGUGGUGAGGACAAGGACCUGGUGUGGCAGGUGCAGAUCCUGGGUGGGGUUUUAGGAAUGGGGGUGGGGCAGCCCGAGAGCCAAGACCUGGGAGAGCCAAGACUGUCCUAGCCCUUUCUGGGCGCCUCUGGCGGGGCUGUGGUCUGGCAGGGCUUUGGUGACACCGUGCAGCUCUGCCUGGCUCGCCUUGGUUCAGCCUGCAGGGUGCUGCUUCGGCACCCAUCCCUCUGUGCGCUCCAGGGGGCCCGAGGACCAGGAGCAGCAGGCAGCCGGCCCAGGUGUGCAUCCACCUCCCCCAUGACCAUGACCCUGCCUGAUUGCUCCCCUCGUGCCCGGGCUGAUGGAAAGACUCAUCCCCGAGACCCUGUGAUGUGACCUCAUGACCCGCCGUCCUUGUCUCCCAGGACAUUCCCAGCCCCGCUGGCCUCUGCUGCCUCUUGGGGUCCCCUAGGGCUGCCCUAGGCCUGGUGGCUGGGCCCUGAGGCCGCGUGUCCAAGGGAGCAGAUGCCCCUGGCUGUGUUGUUUCCCCAGUCUGUCCCGUCCUCACUGGAGAAGCAGAAUCCUGACAUCUGUGCUCAAGGACCUCUUCCUUGGACCUGGGCCCCUGAUGCCCCAGUGGUGUGCGUGUGUGUGUGCGUUUUUGUGUGUGUACACCCAGGACCAUCCUGGUGGCCUGAGCCCCCUGUGUGCCGGAAGAG